AUGAACCUGAUACCGCCUCGAGACUCGAAUGUCCAGGAGCUGGAUCGAGGAUCACUCCUCUGCACCAACCGAAUUCCAUUUGCAAUUGCAUGCACGGCCGUCGUGGAGGGGUUCAGCAUGUGCCCUAAAGCCGGAGCUCCCGCCUCUCGGAUAUCGCUGCAUUGGAGAGAAGAGCGCAGGAAUACAGCAAGCUUAGGGACUCUUUUGGUUGAGGCUUGGUUUGGUUUCUACCAGCGCAAGUUCAAUGAUCAAAUACUUCGUCAACAAAGCCUCUGCUCCUCUGCCGGGCUCUUCAUAACCCGAGAUCAUCAAAUGGCAUUGGUACCAGAUGCACGUCUCAAUGCCUUUGAAACUCCCAUCGCAACUGUACGAGCCAUUGAUCAAGCGGACCUCUGCUGGAGAACAGUCGAACUUAGCCCACCUCUGCUCUACGAAGCUCUCGAUUCGGAAGCCUUGCCCAUACAGAGCAAGCUCUCCCAGGAGCAAUUGAGUGAACUUCAGCGAUCCACCCACUUCGACAAGAAGGAAUUGCAGCAAUGGUACAAAGGCACGUGCUUCUUGAAGGACUGUCCAUCUGGCAUGCUCACCAAAGAAGAGUUCCAAAAGAUCUACAGACAAUUCUUUCCAUUCGGAGAUCCUUCCUCAUUUGCCGACUACGUCUUCAAUGUCUUCGAUAGCGAUAAAUCCGGCUCGAUCGAUUUCAAAGAAUUCAUCUGCGCUCUCAGCGUGACGAGCAGGGGCAAGAUGGAAGAUAAGCUUGAUUGGGCAUUCCAAUUAUACGAUAUUGAUGGGGAUGGCAAGAUCAGCUACGAUGAGAUGCUUGCAAUUGUUGAGGCUAUCUACAAGAUGGUCGGAUCCAUGGUUAAACUCCCCGCCGACGAAGACACACCCGAAAAGCGCGUCCGGAAAAUCUUUCGCAUGAUGGAUAAAGAUGAGAACGGCAGCUUAGAUAUGGAAGAGUUCAAGGAAGGCAGCAAGAGAGAUGAGACCAUAGUAUCCGCGCUGUCUCUUUACGACGGCCUUGUUUGA